CGCUGCCCUAUCCUAUCACCACCGUCAUCGAACCUCACUGCAACCCUCACUCUACUCUUCAGAAGACACCGUCCUCUUCGUUCUCGAUCUCGGAGGCUGAUAACAACAAUGGCGGCUUCUUCAAAACCUCCACCAGAGCAAAAGAUCAUCGCACCCUACGGUUCCUGGUCGUCUUCCAUCACUUCGGACGUCGUAUCCGGAGCCGCCAAGGGUCUCGGGGGCACCGCCGUUGAUUCACAUGGCCGUCUCUUCUGGCUCGAAUCACGCCCUACAGAAGCCGGACGAUCGGUUAUAGUUAGAGGGGGAACUGAUGCAAAAGAAGAAGCCAUUGAUGUAACUCCCGUGGAGUUCUCAGUACGUACAGUCGCUCAAGAAUAUGGUGGCGGUGCUUUCUCAAUUUAUGGAGACAGUGUAGUUUUCUCGAAUUACAAAGAUCAAAGGCUUUACAAACAGUCGAUAGAUUCAAAAGAUCCACCUGUUCCACUUACCCCUGAAUAUGACGGACCUGUGGUGAGUUAUGCGGAUGGAGUUUAUGAUACAUCACUUAAUCGGUAUAUCACUGUUAGGGAAGAUCGACGUGAAAGUAGCUUGAAUUCUAUCACAAGCAUUGUAUCGAUAGAACUAAGUGGUAACAUUAUUCAAGAACCAAAAGUAUUAGUCAGUGGAAAUGAUUUCUAUGCAUUCCCCAGGCUGGAUCCCAAGGGGAAAAGGUUGGCAUGGAUUGAAUGGAGCCACCCUAACAUGCCAUGGGAUAGAUCUGAACUCUGGGUUGGCUAUAUUUCAGAUACCGGGGAUGUGUACAAACGUGUAUGUGUGGCGGGGGCUGAUCCUACAAUAGUAGAGUCUCCAACUGAACCGAAGUGGUCCGAUGAAGGGGAAUUAUUCUUCGUCACCGAUAGGAAAAGUGGAUUUUGGAAUCUUCACAAAUGGGUUGAAUCUGAUAACACGGUGGCUUCAGUGUAUUCGUUAGAGGCCGAGUUUGCAAGACCGUUGUGGGUUUUUGGCAUGAACUCUUAUGAGCUGAUCAAGGAACAGAAGAACUUGAUUGCUUGCAGUUACAGGCAGAAAGGAAGGUCAUAUCUUGGAGUUCUGGAUAAGGAGAAGAGCACAUUAUCCGUUCUUCAGAGUCCUUUCACAGAUUUAAUGAAUAUUACUUCAGGUGUACACUGCCUGUAUGUUGAAGGGGCAUCUGGAGUUGAUCCGUUGUCAAUAGCUAAGGUGACUUUAGAUGAUUGGGCAACCAGUGUAGUUGAUUUUCAGAUUGUUUGGUCUUCUUCACCUACUAGUUCAGAAUACAAGUCUUACUUUAGCUCUCCAGAAUUUAUUGAGUUUCCAACAGAAGUUCCCGGCGAGAAGGCAUAUGCAUACUAUUAUCCACCAACAAAUCCCAUUUAUCAAGGCAGCCAAGAUGAAAAACCUCCAUUGCUGUUGAAGAGUCAUGGAGGACCUACUGCUGAGGCACGUGGAAUUCUAAAUCUUAAUGUCCAGUUUUGGACUAGUCGUGGCUGGGCUUUUGUGGAUGUGAAUUAUGGUGGAAGUACUGGUUAUGGUCGAGCAUUCCGUGAAAGGCUUUUGAAGCGAUGGGGUAUUGUUGAUGUCGAUGAUUGUUGCAGUUGUGCUCAGUUCUUGGUGGAUAGCGGAAAGGCAGAUGGGGAAAGACUCUGUAUCACUGGAGGCUCUGCCGGUGGUUACACAACGCUGGCCGCACUUGCAUUUAAGAAAACAUUCAAGGCUGGAGCUUCUUUGUAUGGUGUAGCUGAUCUGAAGUUGUUAAAAGAAGAAACUCACAAAUUUGAGUCCCGAUAUAUGGAUAAUCUUGUUGGAGGUGAAAAGGAAUUCUUUGAGAGAUCGCCUAUCAAUUUUGUUGAUCAAUUUUCUUGCCCCAUUAUCCUCUUCCAAGGACUGGAAGACAAGGUUGUACCUCCUGAUCAAGCAAGAAAGAUAUAUCAAGCCUUGAAAGCAAAAGGAUUGCCGGUUGCUUUGGUGGAGUAUGAAGGCGAGCAGCAUGGUUUUCGUAAGGCUGAAAACAUCAAGUUCACACUUGAACAACAAAUGGUGUUUUUCGCACGAUUGGUGGGACGCUUUAAGGUGGCUGAUGAUAUCGUUCCCAUCAAAGUUGAUAACUUCGACUAAAGUUCUCACAGAUUCUCAAGUACGACACAAAAGGUUUUGCACAACAACUUGGUCUCUUGCCCAACUUUGUUUAGGGACUUUACAAGAGUGUUAUAUGUUAAAAAGACGAUUACCCAAAUGUUAGAGUGAUGGGGGGGAUGAGUGUAUCUUCAAUUGCAUGUGUUGUAGUGUUAGGGUUUCUUUCAAUGUUUUCUACGACAAAGGUUAUUAUAAACGCAGGCAAUCGACUUAUGUGUAUAAACAA